UUCGCUUCCCGGCAGCUGCCUGGGGCGGCUACUCUAGUUGCCAUAGCGACCAUUUUACGUUAACCGACUUUUAGCUUUCAUUCCAGUGUCCCGGCGACUGCUGGGACAGUUCUUUUCCCUCGUGGCUCCCUGCGGCGGAAGAGCCUUAGCAGGCUCGGGGCUGGUCAAGGCCUCUUGCCCCUCGGAGCAGAAUGGCUGCGGAAGAAGAGGAGGAGGUGGAGUGGGUGGUGGAGAGCAUCGCGGGCUUCCUACGAGGCCCGGACUGGUCCAUUCCCAUCUUGGACUUUGUGGAGCAGAAAUGUGAAGUUUUUGAUGAUGAAGAAGAAAGUAAAUUGACCUAUACAGAGAUUCAUCAGGAAUACAAAGAACUCGUUGAAAAGCUGUUAGAAAGUUAUCUCAAAGAGAUUGGAAUUAAUGAAGAUCAAUUUCAGGAAGCAUGCACUUCUCCUCUUGCAAAGACUCGUACAUCACAGGCCAUUUUGCAACCUGUAUUGGCAGCAGAAGAUUUUAAUAUCUUUAAAGCAAUGAUGGUCCAGAAAAACAUUGAAAUGCAGCUGCAAGCCAUUCGAAUAAUUCAAGAGAGAAAUGGUGUGUUACCUGACUGUUUAACAGAUGGUUCUGAUGUGGUUAGUGACCUUGAACAGGAAGAAAUGAAAAUCCUGAGGGAAGUUCUUAGAAAAUCAAAAGAAGAAUAUGAACAAGAGGAAGAAAGGAAGAGAAAGAAACAGUUAUCAGAAGCUAAGACAGAAGAACCCUCAGUACAUGCUAGUGAAGCUACAAAAGUGACUAACUCCCAAGAGGAUGGCGAGCACUUUGCACACCCACUCUCAGAAGUUAAAGUGCAUUUUGCUAAUCGGUCAAUACAACCAUUGGCAAGAAAGCUGGAAAUGUUGCCUGAAACUUCCUCCCUCCCCCAGAAAGGACUGAAGAUGGCUGGCUUAGAACAUACAAGCAUGGAAGGACCAAUAGCAAAUUUAGCUGCACUUGGAACAGAAGAACUGCGCCAACGAGAACACUAUCUGAAGCAGAAGAGAGACAAGUUAAUGUCAAUGAGAAAGGAUAUAAGGAUUAAGCAGACAGAAAAUAAUGAGCAAAAAGGAAAUCCUGCAGGGGAAGUAGAGGAAAUGACAGAGAAACCAGAAAUGACAGCAGAGGAGAAGCAAACAUUACUAAAGAGGAGACUGCUUGCAGAAAAACUAAAAGAAGAAGUUAUCAAUAAGUAAUAAUUUCCUGAAACAAUAUAGCAAACAAGCAGUUCCGAUUUUCUUAAAAAUAAAUUAUUUAAUCCUUA